AUGUUAUUUUUUGUCCAAGAGAGCCCACGUUGGCUGUUACAAAAAGGGAAGUUAGACGAGGCUCGUAAUGCGGUUCUGACUAUGGGGAAAUGGGAUCGCACGAAUACCCCUGAAAAGGAAGCAGAAGUGGAUGAAAUUAUCGAGAACGAACGUAAACGUAUACGCCAAGCAUCGGAGAAUCAGGAGCCCCAGACUCGAUAUUACACUUACCACCUUUUCUCAACUCGUUCAUUGGCAAUCUACUCAACUUUCUUUGCAUACAGUCUAAUGAUAACAAGCACUAUAUCGUACGGUAUAUUGUUUAAUUUCGACAAAUUGUCUGGAUCGCCCUACGUCAGUGUGAUGAUUGUUGGAGCUCUACGAUAUGCCAUUAACAUCUGUGCAGCCAUCAUUGAUAUUAAAUUCAAGUGGGUCGGGCGAAGGUUGUUACACAGUGUUUCUAUGGGCUCAAUUAGCGCAUUCCUUGGGAUCGUGUUCAUCAUCUUUGUAUUCGACGUAUCGUCCAUGAUGCCAGCCGUGCGAUAUUUGGCCCUAGCUGCAUCUGCUACUUGCAGCGAAAUCUACAUUCUAAAUGCAGUUCAACCCUCUGAACUCUUCCCAACAGCUAUCAGAAACAUUGGUAUAGGUUUUAUCCAAACCUUCAAUCGCAUUGGCAACACUAUUGCGCCUCAAAUAUACGUCGUUGGCAAUUUGUGGUACCCGCUGCCGUACUUUGUGAUGUUUGCGAUGAGUCUUGCCGAACUAAUUGCUUAUUUGAUAUUUAUUCCUGAGACGAAAGGGAAACAAAUGGCAGAAGCUAUGCCAGGAGAAAAGAAGAAGGCUGUCAGCGCAAACUCGCCUACAAAAGAAGAAGCGGAGCCGUUGAAGAGAACCUGA